AAAAACAAUCGCGUUUCAUAUAAAAGAGGCAUGACACGUUGUUACGGUCCAGUUUGAAUCGGCUGAAGCAAUGAAUAUGUUUACGAAAUUUUUCGUUUGCGUCGUAGUUGCCCUUGCUGCAGCCCAGUGUGAGGCCGCUAGCGUUCAGGACGUGAAAGCGAACGCGUUUCUCGUUAAAUUCAACAAAUGGGUUAAGGGCAAAGAGCUCCAAUUGAAGAACAGUGUUAAACAUGCGGCCGAAGAACUCAAGGAACUCGAACAAUCUUUAGUGAAAAACGCACAUGAGAAUUUGCUUGAAUCUGUCACCAAAGUUGAACAAGACUUGGCUACCUGGGAGUCCCACAUUCCGAAGAAUUGCUACGGCUCCGCUUUCGCCAAACUCCAGGGCAUGAAGAAAACAAGCGCUGCUGAUUUUUUCCACUGUACCAACCUUACCAAGGCGGUAGCAGAUGUUGGAACCAUCCUUUCCAAAGUCGCCGAUAUGACUGUCACAGUCCUUGAACUUUGCGAAGAAGUCUUGUCCGGCGUGGAGGAAUGCAAGCCUUAUGUGUCUACAAAGGGUAUGAAGUGCAUCCAGGGUUAUGUUCUUAAGGUCAUAAAAGACUUCAAGACAGAUCUUCCCCUGUUGAAAGAUUAUUUCACUGAAGUCGUAACUGCCGGCAAGGACCUGAAGGCACAAGUCGAAUCGUGUCUUCACCCGUCCAAAGCUAAACUUAAUGAAGAACUCACCACCCUUCUCACUUCUCUUCACAGUUGCUCCGUGUAAUUUACACGAAACAAAUACAAAUUAAUAGACUAUCGAAUUUUA